CCAUUUCGUCACAAGCCUCGUAAAGUCAACAUUCUGUUAGGCAUACGACUCGUAUUGAACAGCAGUUUAUCAGCUCGGUGAUCUGGUGAUACAACCUUCGGUUACUCUGAGUGGUGGAACACCGCUCACGUUGUCCUGGACAAAGAGCAAAACAAAUACAAACGUCUUCCAGGCCCAGGUACCAGAAGGCAUGGCGUUCACCACUCUGUUCGUCAACGGCGUUCGGCAGAUCCGUGCACGCUACCCCAACGGUGAUCCUCAGCAGAUGUCCGGCGUGUGCUAUUAUGUCAGUCAAGAGGGCGACGAAGGUUGUCAAGGUUACGCCACGGCGAGCGGUGCAAUAUCCGAGGACGCCAGGCUUGACCACCUCUUCAAAGAUCGCCAAGACGGUAGCGGGGCGGAAGAUCUGGACGCUUCUCAAGACCUCCACUCGCACUCGCCACUGCAGACAGCAGCAGCAGCACCCUCACCCAGUGACACGAUGAUAAGUGUGGAUAAACCAGUUCGUCCACAUCAUGUCACUGGUGAUGAUCACUGGUCAUCGUUCCACUAUCAUACAUACUCCGCUCUAGACGGUGUGCCCGGACUUCAGCCCGUCUACUCAUUCUGGAACGAUCCGUACCGUGAUCGGCCAAAGGGAAUCAAAUACGGCGCAGAGAUGGCCAACAGGACGGCAACGUGGAGUAAUCCCAGCACCGGCGUUGUUCAUAUGUUCCACACUCAGUACUGGGGAAACUGGAUGUUUCAGCUUGACAGCGUGAAUACAAAGAAACACGAGCUGUAUUUCAAGUACGGUGGUUGGCAAGAAGCGCGCGGUGGAAAUGCUGGUGAGAAUCAUUACUACGUUGAGAACAUAGCCGAGGAGUUGGACUCGCCGGGAGAGUGGUUUUUGGACACUGACACAUCAACACUCUAUUUCUACCCCAACGCCACACAAUGUGCUGAUCUGCAGCAUGCUGAAGUGGUUGCUCCGCAGCACUCCAGUCUAGUGCAGUUACGUGGCAGCGGUUCCUCACGUCCCGUCAGGAACAUCCACUUUGCCGGUCUGACGUUCACUGAAACGCGUACCACGUUUCUGGAUUACUACGAGCUGCCGUCGGGCGGUGAUUGGUCGAUACAUCGCAACGCCGCGUUCUUCAUUCAAGACGCCUCGGACUGUACAGUGACGAAUUGUACGUUUGACGCGGUCGGCGGCAACGCUAUCUUCCUGUCCGAGUAUGUACGCAACUGCACCGUAUCGCACAACGAGAUCACACUGACAGGCGACAGUGCCGUCGUGGCGGUCGGGCGUGCGGGUAUGAUGGACGGCAUGCAGCCCUCGUACCCGGCCCGCAAUCUCAUCAGCAACAAUCACAUCCACGAUUUCGGUAUGUACGGCAAGCAAGUCUCCUGCUACUUCCAGGCGCUAGCCUGCGGGAACAUGUUCGUAGACAAUGUCUGUUAUAACGGUCCCCGCGCUGGUAUCAACUUCAACGAUGGCUUUGGCGGUGACACUCUCCUGCGCGGAAACCUGAUCUUUAACAUGGUGCGUGAGACCGAUGACCAUGGUAUGUUUAACAGCUGGGAUAGACAACCCUACAUCACGCCAGCACAGUGUACCGAUGGGCCGCCAAGUAUCGUGCCAGCGCCAAAUCACAUCACGCAGAACUUCAUCAUCAAUGGCUACGCAGGCCGCUGGUCUAUUGACCACGAUGACGGGUCGGCGUACUACAACAACAGUGGUAACUUUAUGGUGUUUGGCGGAGUGAAGGCAUACCUAGGGCACAACAAGAUGACCGGACCGGGCAAUGUCAUCGUCUAUCCGGGAAUACCCGCUCGUUCGGCUGGCAAACGUGCCUGUCAGUGUGAUGAUAACGGUGAGUUUGCCGAUCAGUACUACAUUGGCAACCAGUGCUUCACGCCCGAUGGUGUCUUCUACACGCUGUACAAAUGUGACCCGCAAACCCUCGCACAGCACGUCUUCCAAACAAGGAACAACCGUCACUACUCACCCCAGGCAAACUUCCGUGUGCAGUGCGGCAAGAAGACGUUCCCGUUCGCCGAAUGGCAGGCGGCCGGCCAGGACUUCAAUAGCUCUGUGUCUGACCUACCGUCACCUGAGCAAAUAGUCACCAUUGGUAUGAGUGUUUUGCAGCAAGUCUGAGAUAUUAAAUUAAUCAUCUCAGUUUUGUGCCAUUUUGUCGCACUUGCUGACUGUAUAAGAUCUGGUUACGUUGGUGGACAGUUGGUCAUAACUCGUAACAUGGUGUCAUUCUUCUUUUCACAAUAAUUUAAUUGGCUCACC